ACUGCAACCAAUAGCUAACUUAUGGGUAGACAGGCUUCUGCUGGAGUGUCGCAGCAGUUUUGACUGGAAUCUUGUGCAGGAAACGUCUCAAGGGAUGAGAUUCUGGUUGAUUGCACUUAUUUGUGUUGGAGCAGUUGCCAUGGGGAACGGAGCCCCAGUUCUACGGACGCCAACAUCCAAGGAUGCUUUGUAUGCUGCUAUCCACAAGUACAAUGCAGGGUCCAUCCAGACGAACCUCUUUAAGCUCUUGGGACCCACCUGCAUUGCAAUCAAGCAAAUGUCACAAGGUAAAGAAUAUGAGAUUGGGUUUGCCCUCAAACAGACGGUGUGCACUAAGGGAAUGGAGGAUAUAAUGCAAGACUGUGAAUACAUGGAUGAGGGAACCGUAUUGAUUUGUAACGCAAUUGUUACAGUUACCUUCAAUGUCCCUGUACCAACAAAGACCACAGUCAGCUGUUCAACGGAUUGAGUGAGGAACUUUGAAGAAGACAUUGGCCAACAACAGAUUAGGCAAAAUGAACUGCCAAGAAAACCAGCUUUUGUCAAAAGUUUCUUAAAACCAUGAACAUGGGACAUUAUAAACUUUAUUGCAGAGAAGCACAUAGGAAAAUUAGUUUUAGACUAUCCUGAAAGUUUUGUUUAAAAUGAACAAUUUAAAAACAAUAUUUACAAAAUGAACUGUGUAAGACUUUUCCUGUUUUCUCAAGGUCCUUUGUCAAUUAUCUAGGCCAAGAGUAAGGAAAGAUGUAUAGUUCAACCAAUUAUCGCCACUAUUGUAAGUGUUCUCAUAAGCAAUCAUUCAACUGGAUUUUAAAUUGUGAGUCUCAUGGUCUAAUCUUACUACAAUAAAUUAUAAUCAACAUGAAGCAUCUAUCUGUUUUAUGUGGAACAGAAGUAGCACCACACACUUACUUUCAAGAGCUAAAUUAACAGGUAAGCAAAUUGACAGCAUACUAAAGUGACUUGUCCCACAGUCUUUACUGAUAUUAAAUUGUUAAUCUGUUAUCUCUUCCAACCAUCUCCCUGCAUUGCUAACUGUAUAAUGGCUGAUGUCAAUCCAGCCCUCAUUCUGUCACUAAUCAACCUCAUUCUUACCACUUGUUGCUGCUGCUUCUAUUAAUGAUGUUAAUUCUGCUCAGUAACUCCUGCCAGACAGUGGCAUGAAUCUCUGUUGCUUACCCAGUUCCCUCACAGUGGCACUGUGUAAGCCCUCCCCGAACCAUACAUUAUUGAUGGUGCUUUUACUGGUGUUAAUCUAGUCCCUCAUGCUUCAUUAACUCCAUGUCCUCAUACCCAAAAUUUCUUGUGCUACAUUGAGAUAUUGGUAUUAUCGGGUGGGGAGUGAUGCUUCAGAAGAGACUAGGCUGUGCCAAAACUUUGCUAUAUUUUUGUGAAGUCUUCUGCAGUCAAAUAGCACUUGUCUGGUCUUCAUAUUCACUCAUGGGAUCUGGAUGUUGCUAGCUGGGCAAGCAUUUAUGAGCCAUCCCUAGUUAAUUUUUAGUUGGCAGUGAGCUGUUUUCGUGGACUGGUCCAAUUUAUUUGACAUGUCAAUGUCAUUAGGGGGAGAGUUUCAGGAUUUUUGCCUCAGCAUAACAUUGGCAUGGGGUCAGGUAGUGCAAG